AUGAGUUACAAAGAUGUUUUUCAUGACUACAUUCAAGACAUACCACUGAAUAUAGGGCGCAGUUUUUUUCCAACUCCCAAUAUAACACUAAAAAAUGUUGAGAUACCACACAGACUAGUUCUUACUGACACCAAGUACUCAUUCGAAGCCGAAAAACGAGCAUGUGAACAAUUCAAAACAUUCUAUGAAUCUCCGUCGCAGCCUGUGCAAACGAGUUAUGUGAAUACGCCCGAUUUGAAUCCGCGAAAGCCCGAGACAUAUUUGAAUGGACUACCACAAGAAGUUCUUGUGCCUUGCCCGGUUACGACAGUUCGAAGUGAUCCAAAUCUAAUACCGACAAAGUCAUCGAACGAAUCUCGAAGCGAAAAAACUCAUUCGAUGAUCGAAUUCGAGACGCAGAACAGUGUGUUUGACGACGUUGAAUUAUUGGCUUUGGAUGACAAAGCCGCUUUACACCAGGCAUCUGGAAUUCUUCUGAUUUCCUUUUUGAAAUUGAUAUUCCAGAUUCUCAUGAGCUGCUCACAAUCAAGCUCAUCAGUAAUGAGUAAUUCGGUGAAUAACAAUAAUGAGAAUAAAAUCGUCAAACCUCCAGUGCCUCUGCCGAGAAGUAUUAGCCUUGAGCCAGUAGUUCCUACGCAUGUACCGAAGGAUUCCGGAUUGAAACAACGACUAAUCACAAAAGGAUUUCGAACAGAUAUUAUUGAUAUUUGCAUGAAUAAAAUACCUAAAAAGCGACAUGUCCAUAUAGAAUAUUAUAUGAAAGGUUGUCGAACAAUUGAAAAAUCGGGAAAAGCGAGUAUCAGCGAAGCUGCAGAUUUUCUCGUAAGCUGUGAUCUUAAAGAGAAACAGGAUAUUCUCAAUUAUUCGGAAAGUUGUGCUCAAUUACUCCUGAUGGGUUUUGCCAAAAUGCACGUGUUCGAAUGCGUUCGCACUGAAAACGGAGAUCGAGAAAAAGCGCUCAACAAAAUAUUGCCGUUGUCAUAA